AUGGAUACAGGGUUGUCAUCUGGACCAUCUACAGCAGGACUCACUUCCAGCACAUUAGACAGUAAUGAAUUUGCUGAUUUACAGGUGGACAAAUUGAAGGAGGCCAUGAAAAAACAAGACUUUUGGAAGUACCAUGUCAUAAAAAUAAAUCCCUUAGAAUUCUAUUUGACGACGAUACCCGAUAAAAGACAUGAAUUUACUAGACACGCGCCAAGUUAUUACGUUCAGGUACAAUUGCCCGAGGGUAAGGCAACUAAAGGCUGGCACACCAAGUCCCAAACAGUAAGUGGAUUCAAGCUAAUUUUUACCCAACAGCAGUGGGGUGUAGGUGACGAAAAUAAAGUAAAUCCGUUUAUAAUUGAGCUGUUGCCUGAAUCAGAAAGUGGAAAAUUUAUUAUGAAUGCAUAUCAGAAUGAACAGUUGAUCAACAAUGCUAUUACAAAUACAAUUGGGGAUGAGAAUAACGGACGAAUCCCAUUGAAUCUUACAUUUGAGAAAAUUAAAGCGCCUUCUUCAUAUUUUGGUCGGGAGGUUAUGCUACAUUCAGGUUAUAGACUGGGCUCAGGAAUACAUAUUUGCAGCCUAAGACCCGGAAGAAAAAGAGACUUUAUUUUCAAGAGUCGUAUUAGUGGAAUGAAGCUUGCCAAAGAUGGCACAUCAUACUUUCUGGAUGAAGAAUUCUUUCCCAAAAGCAGUUGGUUCAAUCCCGUGGUGGCCAUUUUUAGGCCCUGCAAGAGAGGCAUUACGAACAAAAUUACGAAGAAAGUGGUAACAUCUUCGGCGAAAUUUUCAUCACUGGCCCCACAUUCUUCCAUAACAAUUGGAAAUUCUGAUCUUACAAGUGUAUCUAGUCCAGCAACUUCCAGAAAUAGCUUUAGCAGCACUAGAGAGGAAUCCGAGGAUGAGGAUGAGGAUUCAGGCAAUGAAUAUAUAACAUACAGUGAUUACGAGACAAGUACCAGAUAUUACAUUUCCAAAGAUGGGCUCAGGGACAGACAUCCUGUUGAUGAUUCACCUAGCGAUUACAAAUUAGGUUGGAUAACAAUAUAUGAUAGAGAUAAGUACUUUUCACCCGAGACACAUGGUGGUGGCAAUUGGGAAGUUGUUUUAGGUAUGACUUUUGCCGUCGGAUUCAGUGGUCUCAUUGACCAGGUUAUUAAGAGUUCUAGGAUAUAA